AUGGUUGAAGUACUUCCCUCAGGCCUCGCCCAGAAUGGUCAACCUCAGCAGUCUCAAGACUCUGCCGACCACGUCGCCUCUGUUGCCCGUCUAUUACUCGCAACCAACCUCGCCUCUCGUCAGGAAAACAAGAUGAUGACCCGCGAGGAACGUCAGGUCAUGAUCGAUGAGCUCAGCAAGAAGCGCGCCGGCUGGCGCACUCCUCGUCGCGGCUGGUCCAUCACCGACUCUCCCGUGGCAUCAGCUCAGGGCAGCCCCGCGCCCCAAGCUACAGCCUCCCCGUAUCCCGCACCUCCUUCAACCCAACACGAAGCUAUAGAGAGGCAUGCUAUUGCCUCUGUUCCAGAACAAUCUGAGCUUCCAAUGCAGGAUAUGAAGAACGCUCCUCAACCGCCCCAGGUCCGCCGACCUCCCUUGCCGCCCCCGCGCCGUUCCUACUCAGUCAUGGACUACGAGCCUCCGGCGCGCAUCCAUCGUCCUUCGGCUCGCAUGGACAUCUUCGACCUCCCCGCCGAGCUACACUAUGCCAUUUUCGACCACCUCGACCCCAUCGACAGCACCUGUUUCGGCCUAACCAACAGCCACUUCUACGAUAUCCAUCGACGUAUGCACGGUCCGGUCCCUCUCACGUCCCGGCGCAACGGUCCCAACGACCUGGAAUGGGCAUGGAGGUUCGCCGGUCCCCUCAUUUACAGCGACUCGGCUGCACCUCCUCCGGAGGCUUUCAAGGAGCACGCUCACGAUCUCGAGCGCAUGCGCGUCAAGGGUCAGGUGUACUGCCGAAAGUGUGGAAUUUCCCGCUGCGAGCUGCAUCGUCACCUCAAAGAAUGGAUGGGCCCCAAGAUGGAGUACUGCACCGUCACUCAAAAGUACGGCCCUCUGCCUUCUGGAGAAGCCGCAGACACUUGCUACAUCAAGUCUCCCAAGAACCCGCACCGCUGUGGUCGGCAUGCCGCGAAGCCUGUCAAAUCGCACAACUGA